AUGCACACUUCUCGUCUGUUACAGAGAUGCAUACCGGAAUUCGGAAAUGCAGCCUUCAACUUGUUCAUGGAGGCGACGAACACGUGCGGCGACGAGGGAGAAAUCGAGUACUGCAUUCAGACCGGAGUCUCCUCGCAAAAAUCGUGCGAGCUCUGCUACCCGGACGAGCACAGCGCCCGUUUCCUUACCGAUUUUCACAGCCAGGAUGAGCCGACCUGGUGGCAAUCCGAAACCAUGCUGGAAGGCAUACAAUAUCCCUCCCAGGUCAAUCUAACCUUAAAUUUAGAGGGACGGACGCUGGAGCUUCAUUCGCCGGACGCAGUGCACAGUUGUGUAUUGAGAGCCACAGAUCCCGCAGAAGCCGCCGCAUGGUUCAAUACUUUACAUUCGGCUUUAGCCGCACUGACCACAGCGGCCCUGCACGAAGCCGCCCGUGCUAUUCCAGAUUUGAGGCACAUAGGAUGGUUGCUGAGGCGUCCAAAAUUUGAGAACAACUUGUCGAGCUCCGACAGUUCGGAAGAGUUGGACAGGUGGAAUUCCGUCUUCGCCGCUGUCACCGAUAGCGAAUUUAGGCUGUACGAGAGCGCUCCCUGGUCCGGUGAGGCGUGGCGGACGCCCGCCGAAGCUUAUGCGCUUAUCGCGACGAGGCUGGUCGGUUCCGGGAGGAGAGCCGAGCUCCCCGAGUUUAGCAUAAGAUGCGCGACGGCGGAAGGCGUCAUCACGCAUCGACUAAGGGCAGAAACACAUCGAGAUCUUGCGGCGUGGGCGAAAUCUUUAGUUAAUGGUGGUCAUGCAAGUGCGGUCACGCAAAGGGAGCUAGUGUGUCGAUGCGCUUGGAAAGGUAGACCUGCUCAACUCGUUAUACAUUAUGAAAAUGGGUUUACAUUAUUAGAGGCUGGAACAGGAUGUAGGACACUUUGGCGGUAUGGUUUCGAUAGACUAAAGAAUUCAUCGGACGACGGUCAUCGUGCGUUAUAUUUAGAUUUCGGGGAUGAAAAUAAUAUAGAACUGGACCUCGAAGGUAACCCAAAACCAAUUGUCUUCAUAUUACACAAUUUUUUAUCGGCGAAAAUUCAUCGAUUGGGAUUAUACGCAUAGUAAACGAAACCGCGCAUUCGACAGUUUACCUACAUACGUACAUAUUUAGUUUCUUUACCAAACGAAACUAUUCUGUCAAUUAACUUUUCUUAUAUCAUUUUUUAUAUUUAUAAUACUAAUAAUAUGUGAAUAAUUUCGUAAUUUUCUACUAUGUAGCUUUUUACUUCAGAAAUAUUGUCUAUAUUUUAAAUAGUAGUACGAACAAGACGGUCUACACGAAAAUUUGUGCCUUUUAAUGGAAAUCUUCCAUUGUGUAUAUGAAAAAGAAAACUAAACAUUCCAUACGCUCUCGUAAUUUAUCUACUGUUUGGCAAAUCGAGUCAGUCGAAUCGACUGCGUUAUAUUUUAUGUAUUAUUAUUUGGGAUCUGAUUAUAUUUUUCUAGAAGAACAUGUUGGCGUUGGCUUGUAUGUCUCGAAUCAUUUUUCAGUUCACCAUUUCUUAUUUUUGCGAGAAACUGGUCAGACUACCGAUCUCUUUUAAACGUAAUGAAGAAGUUGGAACAUGCAAGAACAAACAAGAAAAAUUGAUCAGAUUCUCAAAAUUGCCUAUAUUUUACUUUGACAGUAUUGUGUCUAACGUACGUAAUCAAAAUUAAUCUACAGGUAGUCCAUUCUUUAUUACAUUUUAGCUGUCCAAUAAAUAAAGAUGUAUAUAAUAGGUUAUCUAGCUGUAGCUUUUCAUUGUUGUAGUACAAAAAUUGUAAUGUAUAUUAUCAAAGGUUAGUGAUAUUAAAGGAA